CCAGCCGUGUUUUUUUAUCUCCUUUUUUUCUUUCAAAAGGUUUCUAUAAAUUAUUAACAUGCUAAGUUAACAUGUCAUAUAUAACACUCGGAUCAAAGGUUAUUUAUUUGAAUUAGGAUGUGACUUGAUAUUUUCAUAUACGUGUUUAAGAAACAUAAACAUUAGUGACAUAAAAUGACAUCAUUGACAUGACAUAGUUUACAUAGUCGUACUGAUAGUAUUCAAAAUCUGUAGUAAGUAGUAUUAGUAUAGUAGAGAAGAGUUGUCAUUGUAACCAAGUGUAAGAGUAGGCCUAAGUGAAAUUAGUCAUUAGUUAAUUAGUGGUAUUGUUUGAUUUAAAAGACUGAGAAGGCCUGGUGUUUAUACUUAUACUACUACUACACUUAUAUGGCCUACUUAUAUAAUAUAAAUAAAUGAUAUUAUAUUUCUUAAACUUUUAUUAAGUUGAUUAAGUAAGUGAGUUAUUUUUUAGUUAUCUCUGACAGAAGACUGUAUGCAGCUGGACUUGGAGCAUGCAUAAAAAAAUAAGGCAUACAUAAAUAUGAAGCUAAUGUAGUGAAGUGUAACUUGUGGUUGUUUGACUUAGACUUAAGUUUAAGGCUAAGAAUUAUAUAUUUAACUUUUAACACUAAUAAUAAUAAGUUCAGUAAAAGUAAAAGCAUUAAGUUGACUUAUUCUUAAACUGUUAAUGAGUAAUGUCAGCAAUCAUAGCAAUGGUUAAGUGCCACCCAGGGCAAGCUAAGUCUUUUGGAUCUAAUUGGGGGUGAGGGUUGUAAAUGAGGGAGGAAGGGGAAGCCUCUGUUAGUAGCACAUUUUUCUUCUGUCCAUUUUUUUACCAGAGUGACGUGACAGGGAGUAUAGACCUAGUUGACAUAUUGUCGCAAGGUAUAAGGCAUGCUGGAAGAUCAUGCUGUGGAUUUUUAGGGUGUCCUAAACACAUGAAUCCAGAUGUCUUAGUUUAGAAUUAACAUUAAAAUGUUCUUCAUCUUCAUUAUUGUAUUUUUUUAUAGUUCAUCAAAUACCAGGAUUGGUUUCAGACAAUCACAAUUUAACAUUUCCUGACUUCAAUAUAACUUCAACAAUUGGAGCAUUUGGAGUUUAGUACAAAAUGAAUCGCAGGUUGUAAGUAAACAUUUUAUGAAUUUUUAAUAUCCGAAAGUGUUUAAAUUCCAGGUGGAUUAAAAAAAAGACACUUUUUUAUUUCAUACGCUUGAAUUCGUUAAACCAGUGGUUCCCAGCUGGUGCACUUCUCAGGGGCUCCGCAUACACUUGAGAAAAUAAAAAUUGCAAUAUAACAAUGUUAGGCAUAGGGUAGUCCUAAGGAGCUCACCAAUAGAAAUUGAUUCUUAAAAGGUUAUAAAAUGUUGGGAACCACUGCAUUAAUCAAAAAUAUAAAUGACAGCUAUUUAGAAAAAUGAAAGUAAAAUCUAUGGCACAGUUUAUUUUAAAUUUUGAAGGGGUGACGGUUUUGCGUUUCAAAGCUUCAUUUAGUUUCAAAUGAAAAAAUAAUUUUAAUUCAUGAAAAAUAUGUUCAUUUGUAAAAAUUGGGCAUAUCUAUUUUAAGAAAUCUAUUACAUUGUCCUAAACCAUAAAGUUUUUUCCUUUUUUUUCUCAAUGCUAAUCACUUUUUAUCAACUUAUUUACUCUUCACUGUUUAGAGAAAAACAACGCUAUAUAGAGAAUCUAAUCAAAAGUGGUGCCUUGAAGAUAAAAGUCAAUGAUGCCCCUCGUUAUUUGACAUACACCAAUCCAGGCAUACACUAUGAUGACUUUGAUAUUUAUAGUGAGUUUGGUAUUAUAUUGUUAUUAUGAUUACAAGUUUUAAGAUGCCUGUUAAAUACUAAUUAAAAACCCGUUAAAAAAAAUUAUUCAUAUAAUUCUUGUAAAUUUGAGAAAACACCAUAAAAGUAACAAGCGCUUUAUAAAAAUCCCAAUUAGUGUCUCCCUCCACAAAACCGCACGUUUUUUAACACGUCUAAACUAUAUUAAAAUUCUAAUGACCCACCCGCUUUUACAGGGCAAAUUUAUUCAUCAACUAUUUCAGAAAAACAAAAGAACAUAUUACACAUACACACGAAACCAAACGCACUAGUGAUAUUUUUUAAAAAGAAUCUCAUUGAGCGCAGUUAUCUGGAAUGUUAUUUCGUUAAAUCAGUGUGAUCAUACUGCCUUCAUUUUCCCCUUGUAAAGAAGAAAAACUGAUUUGGGGUUCAGGGCAGGGGCUCAAAAUUUGAUAGUAUGUAUUGUCAUUAGGAACGAGUCUAUGUGCCAAGUUUCAACUCGUCAACUCGAUACAUUGACGAAAAGGGUGUCAAUUAGCCGUCCAAAGCUUUUGCCGGCCAAAAAUAAAACCGAAGUGAAUAUAAAGAAUUUAAAAAUAGUACAUGAUAUUGGCACAUAAAAUAGUUGAUAUAAAUGGUGCUACACAAACUACUUUAUGAUUAUAAUAACAAAGUGGCUAUUCGUACCCCGGUACCAGAAGUGAGAGGUUGGGAUUAAAAAAACUAUUGAAAAUAUUGUUGGUUUUUUAAGACAAAAUGAGGUAUUAAAUGAAAGAUAAUUGAAUGGACUAUAUGUUUGUAAACUUACUUCUUCAGUUUAACUAAAAUAAACUACCACAAAAGACUGAAUGCACUUUGUGCAUGAUAAUAAUAAUAAAAGCCAGGGGCAGUGUGGAUAACUGACAUUUAAGUCAACUGACAUUAAGGUCUGCUAUAUUUAAAGUUGAAAACAUGAGCCAAGGGCAGAGUUAACUUUCUUUAUUAAUCAGUUUGAAUUUUAAAAGGAAAUUGUUGUGCCUAGACUAUUUGUCAAAAUUGAUCAUCGCUCUGGUGGCUAAACAGUAGGUCCAUUUUCAAGUAAAAUAUUAUGUUUUUUUUGUGCCUUCAAACUCGAUCAAAAUAUUUUUUAUAUCAAUCAUGAUCUUAAAAUCAUUAAUUUGGUUUAAUUAAGGAUCAAAAUAUGUUUAACCAAGGAUCAAAUGGAUUAUGUUUAACCAAGGAUCAAAUUGAAUCUGUUUGACCAAUGAUCAAAUGGAUUAUGUUUAAUCAAGGAUCAAAUUGAUUUUGUUUGACCAAGGUUCAAAUUGAUUAUGUUGAACCAAUGAUCAAAUGGAUUAUGUUUAACUGACUGAUCUUUCCAUUUCUUCCUAGAUCGACCCGACCUGAUCAAAAUGAUGCUAUAUGCCAUCAAAGCUGAAGAUAUAGGAGAAAAUGCCCAUUCUUUUAAUGAUGGGGAUAAGAUGUGCUCUUUCAUGUACUGGGAUACUCUCUUAAAAGACAGGACAUUCUUUGUGGGCAGUGUUCAGUACAACUUCACUAGGAUUCUAUACGCCCGCGAUGUCCCCAAGUGGCCUCUUGACGUCAAAUUCUCCUUUGGAGGGAUAGGCUCGACGUCUCUGCUGCAGAAGUCAGAAUUUUUCUUGGUGAAUUCUCAAGAGCUUGUGAUGUCUCGGCUGACCAAACUGAUAGCGGUCGACAGGCAGAGCCGCAGGCCCGUGCCGCACCCAGACUGGUACAGGGAAAAGAUGACGGGGAAGGAGGUCCCGCUGGACGACUUGAUAUUCACCGGCUUUCAGAGGCCACAGAAGGGAACAUUUGUACGCAAAAUUCAGGUUUGCUUCUCUGAAUUUAAUUUUUGAAUCAUAGAAAUCAAAAUACCAACCCUUAAAUGUGUAGUGUAGUCAUUAAUUUAGUUAUAAAAAAACGAAGAACAUUGUUUUUGUUGUUUUUUUUUAGACAAUCAUUUUUUAAAUUUUUUUUUAUAAAGUUGACAGGUUCAGUUUAGGUCUAAUUAAUUUUAAAGAAUUAAGACUAAUCUAAUUGCGAAAAAAAUUCAGUCAACAAGAUUAAAUAUCCACGUCUCUAGUUUUAGCAAUUUUUUUCACGUUUAAUUUAAAUUGAAAGUUAAGUUAUAGUCUAUAUUUGGUGUAUCUGUAAAUGGGGCGUUCACUUGGAACUUCAAACUCACUAUGAAUAAGUUGUUUUUUUUUAAAUAAAAUUUUUUUUUUAAUGGAACAUUUUGAAUCUUAAUUUAAAUAUUGUGUAACUUUUCCUUUUCCAGAUUGUCUUGUCCGAUACCGACAGAAAUCGUCACACAAACUUCGCCAGCUAUGUCAGGUUUGGAUUGGACACACUUCAUCUGGCGCUGACAUUGCGAGCCAGAAGAAAGGCUGCUGAAGCUAAAGAAAACUCACUUCUACCAAAUAUCGAUUCGGCACCUGAUCUCAGGACAAGGCAUCCGAAGACUAAUGAAGCAAAAUCAGCACUUAACAAAUUAAGUGUAAAAUCUCAAAUUUGUGAGUCUGGCUCAUGUGAGACAUCAAACGCAUCCAUUGACAGUCACGUAGCUGGCAGUAAGAGUUUUGAGCCCCUCAUCUCAACAGUUGACUCGGCACUGCCACGGGUCACAACAGUUGACUCUGCAUUGCCUCUGGUAGCAACAAUUGACUCUGCAUUACCUUGGGUGACUAUAGAUAUAAUGAGAAACGGCACGAAAAACUUGAAAAUUUGCUACCGAAAAGAGUGUGUGGAAGGUGAUUUUGUUGAUGUACAUAUAUGGCAGGAGAAAGGGGAGGAGUUAACCGUGAGAUGUUCUGUUGACGCUGUCGAUGGCUCGCCAAUUUCUCAAUUUAUACUGGAGUAUUUCGGUAGCUUGUCAAAUCUUUAACAUUUGUCUCCCCUGUGUUGAUAUCUUGAUGUUUUCUAGUAUUUAUUUUUUUAAUUCUAUAGUCUUUCAAAAAUCAGAAUGUAUAAAUUGAACCAUACAAACAGAUUGUGUUUUUAAAUGUAAUUAAUUAUUUUUGUUUUUUCUUAUUUCCGCUCAUCUCUAUUUUUGGUUGUUUGAGACAGUGUGUAGUGAUGACUUUUCACACCAAUGUUUGCCGCUGUCAUUCAGUGCACACCAAUGUUUGCCGCUGUCAUUCAGUGGUUGAGGGUGCUCUUUUUUUUUUACUUACCUCCUUCCCAAGAAUAGCUGCAUUGCUGGGCUUGUAGGUCCACUUCCACUGAUCUGUUGGAUCAUAGCUUUGGGGGGGCUGACCGAGGACAGAUCCAAACUCACCAUCACCUGGUUUUAUAAAGACACCAUUGCUCCACAGGGCCACCAUUUUAAAGUUUCAUGCUGCUUGUUUAUUUGGCAGAGAUAUUAUUUCAUGAGUGCUUUUUGUGUUCAGCUGAAAUAACCUUUUGUAUAGCUAUGCUAUUUUUAGGAAAAAAUUUUACUGUCUUGUGUCAGAGCACUGUUCUGUUUCUAUCAGUUUCUAUUGGUCACUGUCUUGUGUCAGAGCGCGGUUCUGUUUCUAUCAGUUUCUAUUGGUCACUGUCUUGUGUCAGAGCGCGGUUCUGUUUCUAUCUGUUUCUAUUGGUCAUUGUCUUGUGUUAGAUCUCUAUUCUGUUUCUAUCUGUUUCUAUUGGGCGUUGUCUUGUGUUAGAUCUCUAUUCUGUUUCUAUCUGUUUCUAUUGGUCACUGUCUUGUGUCAGAGCUCUAUUCUGUUUCUACCUGUUUCUAUUGGAAGGUAACAUUUUCCUGACUUGAUUUUGUUAAAAUGGAAAAAGAAAUUAAAUAGGAA